CGCUUGAGUUCGGCUUUCAGUAUCCCAGCUACCCAUGCGCUUCCAUCUCCCGACUCAGGCCGUACUGGAGCAGGUUCGAAGGGAACUACCAGCCAGCACUGGCCUCGGUUUCCCGUACUCUGGAGUCGACGUUUCGAAGCCAUGGAAUCACCCCACCGCGCUCUAGCUCCCUGCCUCAACUGUCAGCCGGAUGCAAACGCAGGGGAGCGCCGCGAGGAUGCUGGACGACGUUGCUGUGAUGAGCGAUGCCUGGAGAAUGUAGCGCUUUGGCAAUGCUCCCAGCAAUGUGGCGCCGACGAUGCAGCAAGUUUCACAAGCUCCGUCCAACCGACAUCUGCUUCUGGCGAAUCUGAACCCAAUGCUGUCCUCGUUCAGACCCGUAAACGAAAGCGAGCUGCUUGUAAUACCCAUAUUCGCACCGCGUACGAACAGUUCGCCGCCACUCUUGAGCAAGUGGGUUGCCUCUGCAAGGUCCUCACGGCGCGCAAGCUUCCACCAUGUUGCGGGGCUGGCAGGCCGGCGCAGACUGGGAGCACGGAGGCGCUUACUAGGAAAUCGAGCUCCUCGUCGAGUGUUGACACCACUGUAGACGGAGGCCACCGGGACAAGACAGACUCUUGCAGAGCGGCUGACUUGAAGGCUUCUCCGCAACGGCGUGGAUGCUGUGAUGAGAAGGCAAGCUGCAGCUCCGUAAGUACGAAGAAGCCUGGAUGUCGUGUCAGCAAGGCAGAUCGCUCCUGCUCUGCUACAGAUGGAGCCGAACAGCCACGUGACGGACUCGGGACGACUGGCGACAAAUGUGGCAACGCCGCGAAGAAUGCGGGCUGUUGCACUGCUAAGACUGAUACCGUGGCUGUCACUAAGGAUGUCGGAUGCUGUAGUGACGGGAAUACCAAAGACGCGCCAUCCCCCUUCAAGUCUUGCGCGGCUGCAGGGAAGAAAGUUGUCACCUGCGCCAAAGCGAUCGAUAUCUCUACAUCCGGCCUUGACACUUGCGGGCAGGACACAAGCUGCUGCGCUGGUCCAAAACCAUCUGGGUGUAAGAGUGUCGAGCGUACUCCAGUGGUGGGCAUAGACCACAUCGAUGUCGAAAAGGGUUCCCCAAUGGUUGAACACGUUCUCCUGGAUGUUCAAGGACUGACCUGCGUGGGCUGUGAGACCAGACUGUUCAGGGCCUUGCAGGGCAUUCCUGGAGUGUUUAAUCUACGCACCAGUCUGGUCUUGUCGCAAGCGGAGUUCGACAUUGAUGAAAAGGCAGGCUCAGCAGUCGAAGUCAUCCAAACCGUCGAGAAGAGUACUGGAUUUGGCUGCCAACGACUGAACACGCAAGGGCAAGAAAUCGACAUAUCAGUCCACGAUGCAAAGGUUUUUAUGGAGCGCAAAUACCCUCAUGGUAUCACUGAAAUCGUUCCUGUGGACAAACACAUCGUACGCAUACGAUUCGACGCCAAAGCCAUCGGCGCAAGAACUCUAGUCGAAACGAGCUUCAACGAGGCCUUGACACUCGCCACUCUUCGAGGGUCGUCGGAACUUGAAACCGGACGAAAGCACGUUCGAAACACUGCUCUCACCGCCCUGCUCUCCGCUGUUCUUACCAUUCCCGUUCUGGUGCUGGCAUGGGCUCCCCUUCCUCCCCGCCCACUCGCAUACGGCGCCGCUUCACUCGUUCUGGCUACGACAGUGCAAAUACUCAUAGCCGGCCCUUUCUACCCAAGCGCCCUCCGAGCGUUGAUCUACACUCAUGUCAUUGAGAUGGACUUGCUCAUCGUCCUCAGCACUUCAACGGCGUACGUCUUCUCCAUUGUCGCGUUCGCUUAUUUGGUGGCCGGCCAUCCCUUGUCGACCGGCGAAUUCUUCGAGACCAGCACCUUGCUCGUCACAUUGAUCGUGCUUGGACGUUUAGCUAGCGCGUUUGCCAGGCAGCGAGCUGUAGAGCUCGUCUCCAUCCGGACGCUCCAGUCAACGACAGCCAUACUAUGCGAUACAGAUGGACGUGGUGAUCGAGAGAUCGACGCUCGUCUACUCCAGUAUGGUGACCAUUUCAAAGUCGUGCCGGACUCUCGUAUCACAACCGACGGCGCCAUUGUGUCUGGUAUUACGGAAGUUGACGAGUCCAUGGUCACAGGCGAAUCCCUACCUGUCGAAAAACAUCCCGGCUCAGCAGUCAUCGCGGGCUCCCUCAACGGCUCGGGAGUCAUCGUUGUGCGUCUGACACACCUUCCGGGAAGUAACACGAUAAGCACAAUUGCGUCCAUGAUAGACGAGGCCAAAUUCUCUAAGCCGAAAACACAAGAGCUUGCCGACGUGGUCGCGAGUUACUUUGUACCCGUCAUCCUCGCCCUCACAACCAUAACAUUCGCCAUCUGGGUGGGCAUCGGCAUCGGGAUUCGGCAUGACACUGGCGGUCGCGCCGUGGUGAAUGCCAUCACAUAUGCGAUUUCGGUUCUCAUUGUAUCGUGUCCGUGUGCAAUUGGUCUUGCUGUUCCAAUGGUGAUUGUUAUUGCUGGAGGGGUUGCGGCAAAGCACGGCGUCAUCUUCAAAUCCGCAAUGGCGAUGGAGACUGCUUGCAAAGCUACUCACGUGGUUUUCGACAAGACCGGUACAUUGACGAAAGGUCAACUCUCCGUCUUGGAAACGGUUUACCUCUCCCCCAAGGACGACCUCGCGGGAUCCAUCGCCUUGGGUCUGACCGGCGACAACAAACAUCCCGUCUCUGUGGCAAUAGCAAACUACCUCAAAGCCGAAGGUGUCGAUUCUGCCACGAUUUCAGACUCCAAAUCGAUCCCAGGAAAGGGUGUGGAAGGGAAAUUUGAGAAUUCCACGGUCCGCUGCGGCAAUACUCGCUGGCUCUGUGCCGACACUCUGCCUGUGGUUCAAAAGCUGCUCACCCAAGGUCUCACAGUCUUCGGUGUGGCAAUGGACGACCAAGUCAUCGCCGUCUUUGGCCUUUCCGACUCACUACGUCCAGAGUCACGCGCCGUCAUUACCACUCUUCAAGAGCGCAACAUCGACGUCUCAAUCGUCAGCGGCGAUGACCCCGGCGCCGUCGAAGCCAUUGCAACCGAGCUCGGUAUCCCGACCAGUCAUGUGAGAUCUCGAUGCACACCCGGCGACAAGCAAAAGUACAUCCAGAAUCUCAUCAAGGACGAAAAGAACGUCGUCAUCUUCUGCGGCGACGGAACCAACGACGCGGUCGCGCUAGCCCAGGCCAGCAUUGGAGUGCACAUGAGCAGCGGCAGUGACGUAGCGCAGACCGCGGCAGAUGUCGUCCUUGUCCGUCCGCACCUUGGCGGCCUUUUGGUGCUGCUCGAUCUGUCGAAAGCGGCGUUGCGCCGGGUUUACUUCAACUUUGCCUGGUCGUUUGUCUACAAUUUGUUCGCGGUCUUGUUGGCAGCGGGUGCCUUUGUGCAUGCGCGUAUUCCGCCGCAGUAUGCUGGACUGGGCGAGAUUGUCAGUGUUCUGCCUGUUAUUUUGAUUGCGCUGCAUCUGAGGUGGUUCAAGCGGGAUACUUCAAGGCUCAGGAUUUCAAGUUGAGGUUGGGGUUGUUUGCUGCGUCGAUCGUUAUCGUUGUUGUCUGACGAAGGAGCAAUGAAACAGACUAGUUCAACUGCCAAAUGAGGCUGCUUAUAUCUCGUAUA